AUGAUUGAUGAAGAUGAACCAAACAGCACAGCAGGGACGGAGAUUGAAUGGUAUCCAGCAAAAUACCUGACACAGAAGAUUGUUAAGAAGAAGCAUAAGAAGGGAUCAAAGAAUUCUAAGCUUCUGACUAAAACUAAAAAUUGUAAAAGUUUCUUCAAUUUCUUCAGUCCACCUCAAGUAUCCAAGGACGAUGAAGUUAUUGAUGAAGUUGCUGCCGAGGAACUCAAAAACCAGAAGAAACAAGACUAUGAUGUUGGGUCAACCAUAUGUUAUAAGAUCAUCCCACAUGCAGUUUCGUGGUUUACUGGAGAAGCAUUUUAG